AAAUUAUCGAGACAGCAGGAUGAAASUGGAGAACCAGUCACUCCUGCUAGAAGCAAUGCYGGUGAUUCAGCCGGUCCUCMCACAGCAGYAAACAACGAGGAAGAAGAGAAUUGUUCCCAAAGUCCUCUGUUAUAUACAAAUGGACAGCAGCUCCCUAACAAUCAGCAGCCACUUUUGUAUACCUUUUCGAUCAAUAUGAUCGACCAACUGAUGGAAGGGCUCCAAGAGAGGCUUUGGCUUAGGAAAGUUAAAUUGCCACAAGAACAAAGUCAGCUUGAUCCUGUGCCUUGCAUUCAGCAGAUGUUGUGGAGACCAAUCUGCGAGGACGAAGACCAACAAGAAAGCACGGUCAAUGAUGUAUCUGAGGAAAUUCGGGAAUGGAUCGUGGAACAGCUGGAUUAGGGAGAACUAUAUAUUUCAGUUUACUUUCUUUAUAAUUUUAUAAAUUGUCAGCAAAAAUGCAAACUUGAAAUCCAACAUUCCUACGAAGCUCUGUUCCAGUACCACACCGUACCGCUAUUUUGAUCAUUUGUGUUAAUCCAUUGUUAAUUUAUGGCGUACAAUGCACGUGUGUCMAGAGUUUAAAAUACAAUAAACUCAGUCAUUUUGAUCA